AUGUCUCAAUGCAAAGCCAAUUGCGGUUUUUUCGGCUCUGACCAAUUCGAAGGUUAUUGCUCAUCCUGUUACCGAACCAUUGUCAAGAAGGAAAUUCCACAAGCAAAACCUCAACCACCCAAGUAUAUUCCUCCAUCAGCCACCUUUUCCGAUGAAAAUGAAUUCCAAGUAUUAGUCAAAUUGAUCAAACAAAUUAAAGACAUAACUGCAAGAAAGAUCAACACUGUUUUACAAACCAUGGAGGUGUAUUUAACUGAAAAGCAAGCUCGGAGAUUGCUCAAUGAAAUCGGGCGAGAGAGUUUGGAUGGAAAUAAUUUUAUUUUCCAUCAUGCUGUCUAUUGUCGAGUGGUGGAUCGACAUCAUUUACAAGAAGGCUUUGGAGCUGAGGGAUAUUAUCAUGUCGAUGAAGGAAAAACUCCACCUGAUCAUUAUAAAGUUUGGGAUCAUCAAGAGUCGUUCUUGGAUCGGCAGUAG